CUCAAGCAGCAGUACCUGGAGCAGCAGAGUCAGCGGGCGGAGGAGGAACGUGUGGAGAAACAGAGGAAGGAGAUUGAGCGGCUGGAGGCCCUCAAGAAGAAGGACAAGAACGAGCACUCCGCCGUCGCCUCCUCCGAGGUUAAACAGAGACUUCAGGAGGUGAUACUACAGAAGAAGCAGCAGCGUGAGGCGGCGCAGACAGGGGCGGCUGGCUCCUCCACCCUGGCCAACUGUACACGUCACCCACACUGCCCCGGCAACGUCUUGGAAAAUUCGAGGAUAACUUUCCUCCGAAAGACAGCCUCGGAGCCUAACAUCUGCUUGAAGGCUCGACACAAGCAGAGGAUGGGCAACGAGCGGCGACCUUCACCCUUUGUACGGCGCAAGGACCGUCUGCCAGGCUCCCUCAAGCGUCGACCUCCUUAUAACACAGUGGAGAGCGGGUCUACGCCGGACAGCGGGCAGAGCUCACCACCCAACGGCAUGCCACCCUCCAGGUCUUCGCCAGGGUCGACGCCCAUCCACGAAGAAGGGGGCGGGUCCCCCUACGGCGCCCACGGCGGGGGAGGUCAGGUGUCAAUCCCUGACCCCGCCGUGUAUUCCUCCCUACCAAAUAUCUCCAUGGGACGACCACCACAUUCCACACAACCUGAGGGGAUGAAAUUACCCAUAGUAUCAGAGGCAGACAUGCGUGCUGCUGGCCUGGCUGCUCAUGUUGGCAUGCCUCUUACCAGUCAUGUCCUCUCUUCCACGCCUCCCUACUACCCCACACUGCCAGUAAUUGAUAGAGAAGGUUAUGGACCAGCUGCAGGCAGUAUGAGCCGGCAACAGCAGGUGACCGCCAUGGACACUAGUUCUGGUGGGGGCAUCAUGCGUGGUGGCAUUUAUCACCCUAAUGCUAUGGCCAAUAUGAGUGACACACAGGUUCGGCCCGGACGAACCCUCCAGCGGCCACUGAGCAGAACGCAUUCAUCCCCACUACCCUUAGGUCACCCAGUGCUGCAGGGUCAGCCUCCGACAUUCCUCCCCCACGGACAUCCUUCCGCCCACCAGUUUGACCCCAAGCACUACACUCUGGACCACCAUACUCUCAAACAGCACAUUCGACAGACGGUAUUGACACGUUCAGGAAGCAAGAACCAUGUAGAAAAUGUGGCUGAAGAAACUGAAGCAGCUGUUGCCCAGGCUAUUGCAACUGAUAAAACCCCGGAGGAGGAGGAGGAGGAGGCACUGCAUGAGGAAGAACCAGAGGUGAUAGAUCUGACUGAACGCAAGAUUGAUGAGAGUCUGAUGGGCCAGCAUCAACAUCGAGAACGUCUGUUUCUCCAGCACCAACGAGACCUGCUCACUGCAAAACCCCCACCAUUACACUCCAUCACCAAUUCAGCCUUCACACCUCGUUCAGGUACUCACGUUGCCCGGCCUCUGUCUCGAGCUCUCAGUUCUCCCCUCGUCACUCUCUCUCCACAAGGUUCUCCACAGGAACCCAUAAAUAUAAACAAACAGGGAGCAACAACAGGUUUUGCAUACGACAAUUUGAUGCUGAAACACCAGUGUUACUGUGGUGACAAUUCCCACCAUCCUGAACAUGGAGGUCGUCUGCAGUCAAUAAUGGCCAGAUUGCAAGAGACGGGACUAAUUCAUCGAUGCCAUAGACUAAGGACAAGAAAAGCUACUUUAGAGGAAAUUCAGUCCUGCCAUAGUGAGGCUCACACACUGCUAUUUGGAACCAAUCCUUGGAACCGACAGCAUUUAGACAUGAGUAAAUUUUCUGAAUUGCCCAUUAAGAGUUUUGUCCGGCUUCAUUGUGGUGGAGUCGGCGUCGACUCUGACACAACCUGGAAUGACACACACACAUCGUCUGCUGCGAGAAUGGCUGCUGGCUGUGUUGUAGACUUAGCAUAUAAAGUUGCCACUGGUGAACUGCGUAAUGGGUUUGCUCUAGUGCGACCACCUGGCCACCACGCGGAGCAUCAGCAGGCCAUGGGCUUCUGCUUUUUUAACUCCAUUGCAAUUGCUGCACGACAACUACAUCAAAAGCUUAACUUGGAAAAAAUCCUCAUUAUUGACUGGGAUGUUCACCAUGGGAAUGGUACCCAGUCUAUGUUUUAUGAUGACCCACACAUCCUAUACAUUUCCAUGCAUCGCUAUGAUGACGGGAGCUUCUUUCCUGGCACUGGCGCUCCAACUGAGGUUGGUGAGGGUGACGGAUAUGGCUUUAAUGUAAAUAUUGCCUACUCAGGCGGCCUCUCUCCUCCAAUGGGUGAUGCAGAAUACAUGGCUGCUUUCAGAAGCAUCGUUAUGCCAAUUGCUAAGGACUUUGAUCCAGACAUAGUGUUAGUGAGUGCAGGCUUUGAUGCAGCUGAUGGUCACCCAUCACCUCUGGGUGGCUACAAGGUGUCUGCCAGCUGUUUUGGAAACAUGACCAAGCAAUUGAUGAGUCUUGCUAGAGGCAAGGUGGUUUUAGCUCUUGAGGGAGGCUACAACUUGGCUAGCAUCUGUGAUGCAACAGAGGCAUGUGUGCGAACACUUACUAGUGAUGAUCCUCCACCUCUCUCAGAACAUGAAAUGACAAGACCACCUUGUCAAAAUGCUAUUGAAACAUUACAAAACGUGAUAGCUGUUCAGAGCGGUCAUUGGCCAGUGGUGCGGCGGCAGAGUGGGAUGAUAGCACUCUCUAUGGUGGAUGCUCAAGGACGUGAGGAAGAGCAGGAGACAGUCUCUGCUAUGGCCUCACUUAGGGUUGAUCCUCAGAAUCCACAAUCUCAAAGCCCAGAACCACCUCCACAAAAUUCAGCCACUGAAAACACCAAUGAUGAAGAGGAGCCAAUGGAAGAGGAUACUGAAGUAAAGUAACAGACAAUAAAAUUUAAAUAAUAAGAGCAUUUAUGAGUCCUGGAAGAUGUGGAUCCAGUGAAGCUCUACUACCAUUUCCAGGCCUCUGUCGCCUCCUCCCAGAAACUGCGAAAGCGGUCAACUGUGCUUGCAUUUCAGAGCACUGCCCAAGUUACCUCUCUAAUGAUGGGUUAUUGGGUGUGUCUCUUAGCCGAGUGACCAGUGAUAUUUAGUGUUAAUUGUUCCAGUGUGGUAGAUGUAUAUACAUCUGCGGUGAUGAAAACUGUAAUAUGUAAGCAGUGGUGGUCUGUGGUGAUAAUGUCGAGUGGUCCUGACGCUUGACAGCAGUGUCUAAGACAGUCCCCAGGUUGGGUAGAGCACUGUAACUUUAUCAGGCAAUGAUGUGAGUCAUGAUGUGAUGUCUGCCCAGUGUUCGCAUGUGGGCUUGUUCGACGAACCAAAGAUUAGCUAGAUUUUUAUGAUGUGCAUACACGGUGUCUUAAAUUUCUUAAGGUUGUAGUGUUCCAUAGGUAGACAGACUGGACAACCAGUUGUAUUUAUUGCUGAACCACAUUUAUUUUCAUUACAUAUUAUCGAAGAGUAAGUUUGUAUGUACUGCUGGUAGGCAGUUUCCUGACUGAAUGUGCAGCCCAGUGCAAAUGUAUCUCAGAAUGUUAUGUACCAUUGGACCAGCCUCCAGCUAAAUCAUGACACCUUAAUCAAUACUUGUGCCAACCACUUAACAGAGGUUUUCUGUUGACAAACUUAACUUUGAAGAUGUUGUUAGUAUUCAUAUAGUGUUUAGUAGAUAAAUGUAUAAUAAACAUAUAUAUAUUAUAUAUAUUCAAUUUUAUGUAUUUCAGAUUUUAUUUGUUCACCUCACCUGAUGGUGUAAAUUCAUGUCACUUCAGUGCACAAAAACAUGUUACUUGCAAGCCUUACUUGUUAGCGGGAAGGUUGGGUGGUACCCGCUUGUAAAAGAAUGGACAUGUCAUCAUGGAGUUCCCGAGUGAUAUCGAGGUGUAGGAUCGGCUAGAUCCCCAUUUCGUGCAAAUCGGGUUACAGUGCUCCUCUUUCCACACUACUGCCUUUCUGUAUCUCAUCACCCAGUGUAAACUCUAACCAUAGAGGCCAAAUUAUCUGGAGGGUGAGGGACCCACUGCCUUGCUGGGACUUGUACAAUUUAGCACUUCUUUUACACCAGGCUCAUGAGCGCUAGUCAGAAUCACAACCCCUUGUCCACUGUCAUUGAGGCCUCAAGAUAUGUGUUCUGGUAUUGAGCUCAAAGCUCUAUGGUAAAGAGCCAGCCAGUCAUGGGGUUUCAGGAAGGCUUGAGUGACCCACCCGUACCCUGUAUCUUGUCCUUGUAUGGCCACGGUGUCCCAUAAUAAACUGGCAUAUGUUCAAAA